CUCACAAGGGGGCUGGGACAACUAGGGCACUCUGUGCUGAGCGGGUCUGGAGCCUGAAAUCUGAUCGUUAUUAUAAAAAAAAAAAAAAGAUUCUGCUGCCUGAAGUACAGCGUUGCCAGUUCAGGUCUUCAAGCCAGUAUUUCACACACCAAUCAAUAGCAGUGCACUCUCACACUUUCCAAGGAGCUAUAGCAAGGCAAGCGGGCAUUCAGAGAGAGACAGAGAGAGAGCCGCGGCACAGGCAGGAGGCUUCAGCACUGGACUUUAUACAGCCACAUCUCUGAAUCAAAAAGAGGGACCUCGGUACAGCUGCAGCAGGAAUUGUUUUAUACAAAUAAAAGAAACGGGUACACGUAGACAUCAGUUAAUUAAGUUGUAGGGUUUGUUUGCGUAGCCUCUGAGUUUUUGGAAGCUCGGAACAAAAACUGAAGAAGAAGAAGAAGAAGAAGAAGAAGAAGAAGAAGAAGAAGAAGAAGAAGCGCUUAUUGGAUAUAUUUCUUAAAAUUGUCUUUUUAUAAUUGGUUUAUUUGUAUUUAUUUUUAGAAGGAAAGGAUUUUACAACAAUUACAAAAUUGGCACAGAGACGAUUUCAACGUCUUUUGAAAGCACCUUGGGAGGAAUUCUGUCAGAAACUGUAUACAGUAUUGUGCUUAAACUAAAGUGGAUCUAGCCGAGAUUAUUCUGGUCAACUGCAGGAAAGCGUGUGAGAAGAGCGAGGGGUGAAAGUGUUCCUCCCACCCGCGAGAAGCAUGCGGCCGGAGGAUGUUUGAAGCUGGAUGGGGCUGUAGCAGUCAACUUCACUCCACCAUCUCCAGAGGAAUGAUUGCUUUGUGGUUCACCCUCUGCUUUUACCUAGUGACUGUCAACAGCAUACCUGCAGCCAGGCUGCCCAUCGCCCAGCCUGAGGAGAGGACGACAAACAGACCCUCAGAUUCUUUGUCGAGCGAGACAGUGUUUCUAGAAGAGUUUGUUCUGGGAAAUGGUGACACCCUCGACCUGUCCUGCAGUACACAAGGGUCCUCUGUGCCAGUUGUCUGGUUCAAGGAUGGUGUUGUGGUCGUUCCAAGCAACAGGACCCGCGUCGGAGCAAGGCAGCUCAGAAUCAUCAACAUCUCGUACGAUGACUCGGGGGUUUACACCUGCAGGCUGGCGCACAGAAACACCCUCCUGAGCAACUUCACUGUCAAAGUAACAGACUCGUUAUCUUCAGGAGAUGAUGAAGAUGAUGACGAAGAAUCAGAAGACUCAGAUAAUGAAGCUCCAUAUUGGACGCGCCCUGAACGAAUGGAGAAGAGGCUCCUAGCAGUUCCCGCUGCCAACACAGUGCGAUUCCGCUGCCAGGCCGCUGGGAACCCGAUGCCCACAAUCCACUGGCUAAAGAACGGCAAGGAGUUCAGAGGGGAGCACCGGAUAGGAGGCAUCAAGCUGAGGCACCAGCAGUGGAGCUUGGUGAUGGAGAGCGUGGUUCCCUCGGACCGGGGAAACUACACCUGCAUAGUGGAGAACAAGCAGGGCAGUAUCAGCCACACAUACCAGCUGGAUGUCCUGGAGAGGUCGCCUCACAGGCCUAUCCUACAGGCUGGUUUACCUGCUAACCAGUCGGUAGUGUUGGGCAGCAAUGUGGAGUUCCAUUGCAAAGUGUACAGCGACGCCCAGCCCCACAUCCAGUGGCUCAAGCACAUAGAGGUCAACGGCAGCAAAUACGGGUCAGACGGAGUGCCCUAUGUCACCGUACUGAAAUCCUGGAUAAGUAAAAAGGCUGAAGCUGAUGCUAAGCUGGCUCUGUACAAUGUGACAGAGCAGGACGUGGGAGAGUAUCACUGUAGAGCCUCCAAUUUCGUAGGCUUCGCCGAAAAGCUUUUCUGGCUUCAUAUUCGCAAACCGACACCAGCGCAAGACACGGUCAAGGAGGAUGACUCAGGCUCUGUCUACGCCGUUAUCCUGAUCUACGUGACAGGCUGCGUCCUCUUCAUCCUGACCAUCGUCAUCGUCAUCCUGUGCAGAAUGAGAAUGUCCACCAAGAAGACCCUCAGCGCUCCUACCAUUCAGAAACUGUCCAAGUUCCCCCUCAAGAGACAGGUAACAGUGUCCUUGGACUCCAACUCCUCCAUGAAUUCUAACACCCCAUUGGUCAGAAUCGCCCGCCUGUCAUCCAGUGAUGGACCAAUGCUGGCGAACGUGUUGGAGCUGGAGCUGCCGGCUGAUCCAAAGUGGGAAUUUCAGCGUACAAGGCUGACAUUAGGAAAGCCACUGGGAGAGGGCUGCUUUGGACAGGUGGUUAUGGCAGAGGCUAUUGGGAUAGACAAAGACAAGCCAAACAAGCCUGCCACUGUUGCAGUGAAGAUGCUUAAAGACGAUGCCACAGAUAAGGAUCUUUCCGACCUCGUCUCUGAAAUGGAAAUGAUGAAAAUGAUCGGAAAACACAAGAACAUCAUUAACCUUUUGGGAGCCUGUACUCAGGAUGGUCCGCUGUACGUCUUGGUUGAAUACGCAUCUAAAGGAAACUUGAGAGAGUAUCUUAGAGCACGGCGCCCUCCUGGUAUGGAUUACUCCUUUGACACCUGCAAAAUCCCAGAUGAGCAGCUCACCUUCAAAGACUUGGUAUCCUGCGCUUACCAGGUGGCCCGAGGCAUGGAGUACCUGGCAUCCCAAAAGUGCAUUCAUCGAGACCUGGCUGCCAGAAACGUGUUAGUAACAGAUGAUAAUGUGAUGAAGAUUGCAGACUUUGGCCUGGCCAGGGAUGUGCAUAAUAUCGACUACUACAAAAAGACAACAAAUGGUCGCCUGCCUGUGAAAUGGAUGGCCCCAGAAGCAUUGUUCGACCGGGUCUACACCCACCAGAGUGAUGUCUGGUCCUAUGGAGUCAUAUUGUGGGAGAUCUUUACUCUGGGGGGGUCCCCAUACCCCGGCAUCCCUGUUGAAGAGUUAUUUAAGCUUUUGAAGGAAGGCCAUCGGAUGGACAAGCCUGCAAACUGCACACACGAGCUAUAUAUGAUAAUGAGAGAAUGUUGGCAUGCAGUUCCCUCACAGAGACCAACCUUCAAACAGCUGGUGGAGGACCAUGACAGGGUCCUGACAAUGAUGUCCACUGAUGAGUACCUUGACUUAUCGGUAGUGUUCGAGCAGUAUUCACCCGCUGGCCAGGACACUCGCAGUACCUGCUCCUCGGGGGAUGAUUCCGUAUUCACCCAUGAGCCCUUGCCUGACGAGCCCUGUCUCCCCAAACGCCAGCAGUGUAACAGUGUCAUCCGGGCAUGAACACUUUGACAAAUUCCAGAUUGCAGGCCUGGUGCCUUUGGAUCCAUUACUAUGAAGAAGAAAACAACAACAACAACAAAACAUGGAACAGUAGUUUUAAAGAAAUUUAUUUGAGCCUUACCUUUUUUGCUAUUUCUUUUUUUUUUUUCUAAAUGCUGUAUACAAAGUCGAAAAGCACUGUUUGGCUUGAAGGAACUAUUUUGACCCUUUGCCAUGAUUUAUUUAACAAUAUGUUGUUUUUGUUUUUGUUUUUUUUGUUUGUUUGUUUGAUUUCAAUAUACUUCCCGCUUUUUAAUGAUAGUGUUAGAGCAAAACCAUUAUGUGCCUACAAACUCAACGAAUGGACAGAAGUGAAACUACAAGAAAUGAUUCCUGAGUUUCAAAGCUAACUGUUUUUUUUGUUUGUUUGUUUGUUUUUAAAUGUGUGACGGUGCAGUGGUGAGGGUGGACUUAACCCUCGUGGAAUUUACAGAGACUUAAGAGCCAGUCAGUGGAAACAGUUUAAACAUGGCAUGCAUGUAUGUGCACACUGCUGCGGCGACCCAAGCCUGCACAUACUGAUCCGGGUUUAAUGAAAAGCAGCGCAGACUUCAUUUGAGUUCCUGCUGUUCUCUCCAUCUCCUUACUCUUUAUUAUUUUAUUUUAUUUUGCUGACUUCCGUGAGUGUUCGACAGCUGCAGAAUACUCUGCUAGGGAAGUGAAAUCUUCUCAAUAUUACUGUGCAGUAAUUAAGAAACAAAGUGAACGUUUAUAACCCUCAGUGGUUAAAAACAAAACUCUUCUAUUGUGCUGUUAACUUGAAACCUCGUUCAGAAGAUUUUUUUUUUAUUUUUUGUAAUAUUGCAGAAGAGCUUCUGAUUGAGUGUUUUAGGUAUGAUGGAAUUUUUGGGGGUUUUUUGUUUCUUUUAGUUCCAAGCAUUUGGGAGGCUGUUACUAUGAAAUACAACAGGUUGCCUCCACCUAACAAUGGUACACUAAGGCUGCUGCCUUUUAACUUAUAUCUGAAAGGUUUAUAUUGUAAAUAUAUAAAUACAAAUAUGUAUCAUAUUGCUGAGAACAGCAGCAUACUGAAAAAGAAAUAUACUUUUUUUUUUUUUAAAUCACUUAAAAGCAUUGCAAUCUAGGAUAUACUGAUGAUGUGGUCAUAUAAAAACUAAAUUUAAUCUUCAUUUUUUUUUAAGUUUAUUUGAAUAAUUAACAUGUAUAUUUGUAAAGGUAUUUAUAGACUUUUAACAUAUCUGUUCAUAGGUUUAAAUAACUAGCAUAGAAUUUUGGUACUGUAAACAACUUCACUUUUCAGAUUUGAUUUUUUUUUUUAACUUAUUAACAAAGAACUGAGACAGGAUUUUUUUUUUCUUCCCAU